GCCACAGUAAGGUUUCCAACUUUGCCUUUGGACCAUUUGCAGCUGUUCAUGGGGAGAUGAAAUGCUUCCAUGACCAUGAAUUCACUCAACUCAUUUAUUUUCUCUACUGCUACCAUAGUUAUUACACUUCUUCAUCUUCUCUCUCCUCCUGCCUCUUGCUACACGCAAAAACAGCCUUCAGAUACUUCACAGGGUUUGCUAGUUGAAGAGAAAACCAGGUUGGGUUCAACGCCACCAAGUUGUCACAGCAAGUGCAAUCAGUGCCACCCAUGCAUGGCGGUGCAAGUGCCAACCCUACCGAGUCACAACCCAGUGCAACCGGGUCCUAGACUCACCAUACCCAAUGACUACUAUGACCCAUCACCUUCUUCAAGCAACAAGUACUCCAAUUACAAGCCACUGGGCUGGAAAUGCAGGUGUGGUGAUCACUUCUACAACCCUUAGCAGAAAAACCCUUGAUGAAGAUUAAUCUCAGGUUAAUUUUAUAUAUGUUGAUGAACUUCAAUUUUCGGCUUUCAUUUU